AUGGCUGCCGCUGGUAAGCUAUUCACUAUUGAGGGCAAGGGCCUCAAGCUCGACACCGCCGCCGAUCUCGAGCCUCACAUCAAGGACCUCCGCGCGAACGAUGUGGAGGAGGUCAGACUGCUGGGCAACACCCUGGGUGUCGAAGCAUGCAAAGCCCUAGCGGAGGUUCUAGCUACGAAGAAGAGCUUGAAGGUUGCCAACCUUGCCGAUAUUUUCACAGGAAGACUUCUGUCCGAAAUUCCCGAGGCUCUCUCGUCGCUCCUCACUUCUAUUCUUAACCACCCGAACCUCCAUACCGUCAACUUGAACGAUAAUGCCUUUGGCCUCAACACGCAAGCGCCCCUCGUUGCCUUUCUCUCCGCCCACGUGCCUUUGCAGCACCUAUACCUGAACAACAAUGGUCUUGGCCCCCAUGCCGGUAUUCUCGUUGCCGAUGCCCUUUCAGAACUCCACGCUAAAAAGGAAGCUGCUCGAAAGGAGGGCAAGCAAGUUCCGGAUUUGGAGACAGUUAUCUGCGGCCGCAACCGUUUGGAGAACGGCAGCAUGACCGCAUGGGCAAAGACUUAUAAACUCCACAACAAGAUCAAGCAAAUUAAGAUGGUCCAGAAUGGCAUCAGACAAGAGGGUAUUUCUCAUCUCAUCAGUGAGGGUCUAGUCCAUGCUACGGAGCUGCAGAUUUUGGACCUGCAGGACAAUACUUUCACCCUCAUUGGUGCCAAAGCCCUGGCCAACAUCGUCACAAAUUGGACCGUUGUCCGCGAGCUUGGCAUUGGCGAUUCGCUCUUGAGCGCUAAGGGAGGUGUACUUUUUGCGAAUGCUUUGGCCAAGGGCAAAAACCAAAAGGUCGAAAUCCUGCGCCUACAGUACAACGAUAUUACUGCCCCAGGUGUCAAGGCGUUUGCUGCCGCCGCCAAAGAGGCUCUACCGGUCUUGAAGCGCAUCGAGCUGAAUGGCAACAAGUUCUCCGAAGACGAUGAGUCCAUCCUCGCAUUGCAGGAACUUCUCGACGAGCGCAAGGAGAAGGUUGCCGGAGAUGUCAUCAACGAGGAUGAAUGGGGCGUGGACAGCUUGAGCGACCUUGAAGAACUCAGCGAGGAGGAGGAGGAGGAAGAGGAAGAGGAAGAGGAAGAGGAGGGUGUCACUGUCGAGGAGCGUGCUGAGAAAUUGGUCAAGGAGGCCGAGGAAGCUCAGGAGGAACCUGUGGUCCAGCUUCAAGACAAGGAUGUCGAUGCCCUUGCCAAGAAGCUGGAGAAGGCAGAGAUUUAG